GGCCCUAGUUCACAGUGCUGGUGGCGGCGUGGGUGCUGUGUGGGCUGGCCGUGGCGACGUGGCAGCUCUACUUGAAGCACUCGCACGUCCUGGUGGGCUCUCACAGUGCUGGUGGUGGCGUGGGGUGCGGUGUGGGCUGGGCGUCGCAGCGUGGCUGCUCUCACAAGGAUUGCCCGCCUAA